CACAGCUAUUUGUCAUCACCACAUAACACGUAUUGUGUGAUCUGCAAUUUGUACGAGAAAGUGCUGUUUUCAUUAUAAGAAAUAACAUUAAAUAAUUGUGCGGUUCGAGCAGAAAAUUCCAUAAAAUAGGAGGCGGCUUUGUAAGCCCAUUGUUGAAGAACAAAAGUGAACUAUAUAAUAUUCAAAGAUCAACCGUUAAAUUGAACAUAAAGAAGAACACCUGACAACAUCGGCCGUCCCUUUUAAGUAAAGGUUUGAACUGCAGCUGCAUUAUUAAGCUCCACAAGAAGAACAUUUCAACCAAACACAUUCGCACCGAAUCGAACAAACAAUACACAUACACAUACAUUCAAUAUAAUAAAGCAUUAUUAUAAUAAUAGUUAACCAAAAGAAAACAACAAUCAACUGAAUAAAUUUUAGGCGCAAGUUAUAAAGUUUUAUAACCCAACAUUUGUGACUACGGCAGCGUGGGAAGUGCCACUGAGUUAAUAGCAGCAAACACUUGGCGGAAAAUCAUACAAAUUACACAACAGAAACAUAAACAGAAGCAACAACAAGACGAUGGCAACAACAGCACGUAGCGGUGGUAAUGCCAGCGGCAGCUCAGCUCAACGCCCCAAUGGUACACAACAAAAUAAGAAUUGCCAAUUCAAAUUGGUACUACUGGGCGAAUCGGCGGUGGGCAAAUCAUCGCUUGUGCUACGUUUCGUUAAGGGGCAAUUCCAUGAAUAUCAGGAGAGUACGAUAGGCGCUGCAUUUCUGACACAAACACUCUGCAUAGAGGAUACGGUGGUGAAAUUUGAAAUUUGGGAUACGGCCGGUCAGGAAAGAUAUCACAGCUUAGCUCCUAUGUACUAUCGUGGUGCACAAGCCGCCAUCGUUGUGUAUGACAUACAAAAUCAAGACAGUUUUCAGCGUGCAAAAACCUGGGUCAAGGAACUGCAUAAACAAGCAUCACCGAACAUUGUUAUUGCCCUGGCUGGCAAUAAAGCGGAUUUAUCAAAUAUUCGUGUUGUAGAAUAUGAAGAAGCAAAGCAAUAUGCCGAAGAGAACGGAUUACUUUUUAUGGAAACCUCGGCAAAAACGGGAAUGAAUGUGAAUGAUAUCUUCUUAGCUAUUGCUAAGAAAUUACCUAAAAACGAUGGAGCAAAUAAUCAAGGCGCUCCUGCUGGUAGAAGGCUGAAUGAUAAUGAAAAUAACCGACAAACAAACAAUUGCUGCAAGUGAUGUCCUUUUGUAGAAAAUGAAAUUUCCAACGAGAGAUUUGAGAAAUUUAUGCUGAUAAUUAUAAAUAAAAAAAUAAAUAUUUAAAUUACAAUUAAAAAGAGAAGAGAAGGAGAGAAAAAACAGAAAAUAAGAAUUAUAAAGCAAAAACAAACAAAAAAUAAGCAAAGAUGAUGAAUGAUGAUGAUGUUGAGUGGUGGGAAAGCAACCAACAAAUAAUAAUAAUAAAUAUUAAUAUAUAAAAUUAAAAUUAUGAUAUAAUGAUGAUAAUGCUGGAAAAUAGAUUAAAAUAAAGUCACAUUAAAAAACGAAAAUAGAAAAUAUAUAUAAAGAGAGAAAAAAGAGAAAAAAAAACAUUAAGAAGAAAACCAAAUGAAGGAAAAUACUUUACACAGCCCUUUUCAGCUCCUCACCGCAAUUCAGCGCCAACAUCAAUCAAUCAACAGCAGCAGCAACAGCAACAUACCAAUAACCACACACACACACACACACACACACCAGCCUGUAUUUCAAAUAACAGAUUAUGUUUGCCCUCUCCCCCCCACACUCAAACACACACAUACACUUUAUAAACGCAACGACAUUUGACAUUUGAGAUAAAGUUACAAAUAAAUAAACAUAUUCAUUAAAUAUACAUAUAAUUAGUAAUGAAUACUAAGUGAGAGUUCAAACGUAAAAUUUUUCAGUAAUAAAAAAAAAAUUAAAUAAAUAAAAUAAAAGUAAAAUAAUUGAAAUUCAUAAGGAAUCACUAAACUCAAAUCAUAUUGCAAACAUUGAUGAGAGCAAAGGAAAUAUGCAGGCUUGUUGAAUAUUUUUUUCUUUUCGCUGAUAUCACGUUUAUAACAAUGUUAAAAGCAUUUCAGGCGGCAGUUGUCAAAAUGAGUACGUCGCAAUAUUGUUAAUAUGUACAUACAUACAUACACACAUAUGCUGUUGUGUAUGUAGGCUUGAGUGUGAUGUUGUGUUAGCCGAAAGA